AUGAGCAUAUCCCUACGCGAGUACAUCCGCUGGCUCCCCGACGACGCCACCGAGCCAACCUCCACCAUUGUCGUCACCUCCCCCGGCAGUCACUUUGUGGACAUUCGCGCCCUCCGCCCCGCCUCAGCACCAACCGACUGGCCAUCACCAUCCGCAGAGACAGUCCAGUUGACGCCCGACCAGCUUGACUGGGCUAUCGCGGGCACGUCCUCCUACGAGCGCGCAGGUAACCACACGCGCGGUCGCUGGGCGCACUGGAUUGACUCGCGCACAACGGACACCGAUGGCGUCGCGGAUGAAGGGGACAAUCACACGCAGCCCGAUGGCACGACGCUAGAGAAAGGUGUCAUGCUCAAUCCUGCCACGGGCAAGGAGACGGAAUACGAGGAGCUGUGGAGAGAUGUGCAAGUGUUGCCCCUGUCGGGCGACAAGAUUCGGAGUGUGGUGGUGCAGAUGGACAAGGGCAACGACACCAGGGGCUCGGUGGUUCUGGCAGGGCAGUACUGCCAGGGCCUCCUCAGAAAAGCGGGAGCCAUCAGCGUGGAGAGAUGGCAGUUUGGUCAAUGUGGGUGGGAGAAGGUUCUGGGGAUGGGCACUGGCAGUUUGCCAUGCCACCAGAUCUUGUCUGCCAGUGACCUCUCACAGGGACAAACGUUUGACUUUGGCGGUGAUGAUUGGAAGGUUGUCGAAAUGUCGUUUGUUAGCUCCAGUGAUCUCUAA